CAGUUGUCAGCUGCUAGCGGAGUUCGACAGAGCGGAUAGAAAUGGCUACCCUCUGUCCAGGUGUUCAGUAUGGUUUGUCGACGAAGGAAAAUUUUGGUGAAAAUAACACUUUAAUAUUUAUGAAAUUAACGGAUUCGGCUUUCGGUGCUGUUAGGGAACACAUACAACAUAAGAAUGAACAUACGGCUUGUCCAACAAUACAGUUCCUAGGUGAUCAAGGGCAACUUUACAUCCCUAUCUCAAAAAACGAUGGGAAAACCUUUAAAUUCUCGGUGUCGUCGACGGCUGACAUGGAGGGCCCCGGUGGUAGUUUCGAGUGCGUUCAGCAAAUCGGUCUUCCCCGGGGCUCGCUUCAAGCCCUCGGAUGUUUACCGUACAAGAUCCGGAUCCACGCAAACGACGACGUCUACGAGACAACCCGAAAACGGAUGACCGUCGCCGAAGAAAACCACAAGAACAAAUGUACGCGCGAAAUCAAACCGAACCAAACGGAUAUCGGAAGAAAGGUAAAGGUGAAACAAAUGCCGGGGGGCGGUGGAGGUAGUGGAGGUCGUCCCGUGGGACCACUCGCCCUUCGAAAUGAAACGUCCUCAUCGUCGGCCGUAAGAGAUUUUGUUCAAAAAUCUUCGUCGCAGUAUCAAUUGCAAAAACCGCCGAAUCUUCAUUCUACCGGAAAUGGUGGUGGAGGAGGAGGAGGCGGAGGGUUUAUGUCGAACGGAUUCGGAAGUAAUCAUGUUAGUAGUAGUAGGGUUCCCAGUAAUAAGCCGUCACUUCCGGAUAUCGCGAGGCGACCGAUUAAGGAGCGGAUGAUACAUUUGUUGGCGCUGAGGCCUUAUAAAAAACCGGAACUGUUCGAUAGGUUAACGAAAGAAGGUGUCAGGGAGAGAAUGGCGAUGACGACGGUGCUCAAACAAAUUGCCUUUUUGAAGAACAACGAGUACCAUUUGAACAGGUCUUUUUGGAAUGACGUAAAAGAAGACUGGCCAUUUUACACUGAAUCUGAAAAGCAAAUACUCAAACGGCGGAAACCGCAAAACUUAACGCCACCGGGCAGCAGUGAUGGUGGAAGUUCCGGUAGUGGUCAUUCCCCGACUAGUACCCAUCCCGGUUCACCACCUCUCCCCAUCAGCUACCCAAAACGGCCCGGCUACUUCGACGGUAACGAUGGCCUUCCAACGAAAAAACCCCGCAUCUCCCAUUACCAAAAGACACCCGAUAAUCACCAUCGCGGGCCGAAUCAAUUCCGGAAUUCGAGUACCGUCGAAAACGGAAACGGCCAACGGCGGCCGCCGACAGACUCUCGAGACGCGAGCAACAUGAACCCCAGAAGCAGGGAAUCCCCUACGCUUAGUUACGGGGUUUUGAGCGGCGAAAAACGAUCCGGAAGUGGUGGCGGUGGAAACGUCGGCAGUGGAAGUGGACCCGGAAGCGGUAGUAUACCCGGAGGAGGUGGAGGCGGUGGAUAUAAUAGUGACGAUGAUGAUUUAGUAGUUGCUAGUAAUAACCACGGGGGCGGUACCAGUCACCAUCACCGAAAACGUGUUUGUGAUAGUCAUAGUAGUGUUAAACAACAGUCUUUGGGAGGAAGUGGGAGCGCUGGUAGCGGAAGUCAUGGAGGAAAUAGUAAUAGUGGUAAUAAUCACGGGGAAAGGAACGUGACGACGAACGGAAAUAGCGGGUAUGGAGGCGACAGGCGAGAUCGAGAUGGAAGGGAUCGGGAUCAGAGGGAUCGGACGUCGUGGAGUAAUAAUACAGUAACGUCAACCUCCAAAAUUCAACCUCCGCAAGUUAGUCCUGAUAGUCAAUCGGAAAGGAUAUCUGCCAAUGAAAAUCCUGAUUAUGUUGCCGAAUAUACGACAAUUCGAAAUCCGGAACAACGAACCAGAUACAAGCAGGACUUUAAGAACAGCUAUGACGAGUAUAGGGAGUUGCACGCUGUCGUUGAUAAGGUGUCGCGACGUUUCGUUGAGCUUGAAGAGAGACUGAACCAAGUGGAUACCAAAACUCCUAUGUACAAUGAUAUUAGAAGACAGAUACUGAGGGAAUACCGGCAAAAUAAAAACGAUCAACAACACCAGCAAGUAAAACGGAAAUUUGAGUAUCUCCACGAGAAGCUGUCGCAUAUUAAACGGCUCGUUACGGAGUACGAUCAAAAGGUGGCGCAGUCGUCGGGAGGUGGAAACCACCGUUACUGACCAUGGAUCCCGGCCGUAGGCCCUUCGCCCCCAUCGACGCCGUCGCCGCCGCUACUGUCUCCAACAUCCGGUAAUAACUAUUACUACUACUUCUACUACCGCCAUCUAUCGGACAACAAAACGUUUACAACAUCACAAAAUCACUUUUCCGCCGCCGUCGUUUGUGGUUAGUGUUAUAAUAAAGAAAGAAGAAUAAAAACUUAAAAAAUAUGGUAAAAAUAAAGUGUUAAAAUGAUAAUGAAAUGAAGUGCUCUAUAUAUAAAUAUAUAUAUAUACGUAUAUAAGAUUUAAAAAAGGAAAUUUGGAUUAGAAAAGGAUUAAAAGAUUAGAUGAAGAAUUAAAAAUUUAUUUAUCUUGUGCGUGUUAUCGAGUUGUUGAAGGGAAAAAUAUUUUUUUUGGUUAAUUUUUGGCUUAUUUUUUUUCUGUUAUCUACAGUUUGAAAAGCUGUGUUUUGAAUUAGUUAUUUUUUGAAUCAAUUGUUUUUUUUUGGGUCCAAUCGUUUUUUUGGUUCAAACGUUUUUUAAAAAAUUGCUUUAAAUAUUAAUAAAAAAAGUGUUGAAGAAAUUAGAAAACAAUGGAAACAAAAUUUUAAACGCAAAGUGGACGCUAAAAUGUUGGAAGUGAAUUAUUUUGUUGAAUUUUUAAAACAAUCUAUUUUGAGUUUUUGAUUCCGGAACUAUUUUUGGUAUUUUUAGAACUGUCAGUUUGGAUCAGAAAAUAUUGGAAGUGUAGAGGGAUUGUGUAGUGAUUUGCAGAUUUUAAUUAAGAUUUCUUGAUCAAGUCUCAAAGAGAGUUCAAAAGGAAUUUUCCAAACUUUCAAUUUGUCGGUUCCGGGAAAAGAACGGGGACGACAAAAAUAAAAAAAUUAAUCCGUCAAAAAGAAUAAAAUUUCAAAAAGCCACAACAAAAA